AUGGUGAAGCAGCAGAUCAUGACCAUCACCGACCAGAGUUUGGACGAGGCGCAGGCCAGAAAACAUGCGUUAAACUGCCACCGAAUGAAGCCUGCCCUGUUUAACGUGCUGUGUGAGAUCAAGGAAAAAACAGUUCUGAGCAUCCGGGGCGCCCAGGAAGAGGAGCCCACAGACCCCCAGCUGAUGCGACUGGACAACAUGCUGCUGGCGGAGGGGGUGGCGGGUUCUGACAACUCGGUGGAGCACUCGGACUACAGAGCCAAGCUGUCGCAGAUCAGACAGAUCUACCACACGGAGCUGGAGAAGUAUGAGCAGGCCUGCAAUGAGUUCACCACCCACGUGAUGAACCUGCUGCGCGAGCAGAGCCGGACCAGGCCCAUCUCCCCGAAGGAGAUCGAGCGGAUGGUGAGCAUCAUCCACCGCAAGUUCAGCUCCAUCCAGAUGCAGCUCAAGCAGAGCACGUGCGAGGCCGUCAUGAUCCUGCGCUCCCGGUUCCUGGACGCGCGGCGGAAGAGACGGAAUUUCAACAAGCAGGCGACGGAAAUCCUGAAUGAAUAUUUCUAUUCCCAUCUCAGCAACCCUUACCCCAGUGAGGAAGCCAAAGAGGAGCUGGCCAAGAAGUGCGGCAUCACCGUGUCCCAGGUAUCAAACUGGUUUGGAAAUAAGCGAAUCCGGUACAAGAAGAACAUAGGUAAAUUUCAAGAGGAAGCCAAUAUUUAUGCUGCCAAAACGGCUGUCACUGCCACCAAUGUGUCAGCCCACGGAAGCCAGGCUAACUCACCCUCAACUCCCAACUCGGCUGGUUCUUCCAGCUCUUUUAACAUGUCAAACUCUGGAGAUUUGUUCAUGAGCGUGCAGUCACUCAAUGGGGAUUCUUACCAAGGGGCCCAGGUUGGAGCCAACGUGCAGUCACAGGUAGGGACCAGCCACUGUGCCGGCAGGGGGCACCUGGAGCCCAGAGCCCUCGGUCGUGUGGGCACUUCCUGGACGUGUUGGCACUUCCCGCUUCUGUCCAGAAAGAGGGACACCCAGUGCCACUACAUGUUCCCUCACGUCUUCGCUUGUCCCUCUCGGACAUUGUCUAACAUCUGUGAGGUGCAGGCACUGGCUAAUGGAGGUUGGCAGGAUGCGACUACCCCCUCAUCAGUGACGUCCCCUACAGAAGGCCCUGGCAGCGUUCACUCCGACACCUCCAACUGACCUCCCCGCACGCGCAUCCCGGCUGACCCUGCGCCCGGCGGGCGGGGCCGGAGGGAGGGUCUCCCACGCUGAAGCGGUCAGACCGGAGGCGCAGCCAUCAGCAGCCACCAUGAGCUCCUCCCUCUCCUCCCGGGAGGCCCUCCGGCCAAUCUGGACACUUCUUUAUACUCUGUCCCUUUUUCUGGGUAGAAGCCAGCCUUCCCUGCCAGCAGCGUCAGCCUGGUGCCCUCACCGCCCCUGCCCCUGCCCUCCACUCCCUGGGCCCCUGCCCGCUACAUGUCACUGAAGGAUAUUUUCAACAAUUAGAGGAAUUUAAAGAGGGGAAAAAUGCAAAGAAAACAAUAAAAGCGUUUGUAUGUGUUCACGCUGGUGGUAUGAGGAGCCACGUUACCUCAUCGAGCCCCGUGCCAGGCAGCCCUGUCUCCCAUCACUCACUACCUCUCACAGGAACCGCCCCGCUGCCCUGCUCCUCGGCCUCCCCCGCCCGCUGCCUCCCAGCCCGGCUUCCCUGGGUCCUGCCAUAGCCGGGCUCCCGAAGGCGCUGUGUCCUGGGUUCAGCUCCGCCAGGUAGAUGCCAGGCAGGAAGUCAGCGACAGGAGAGGGCGCGGCCUGGGAGGCAGCGUCCAGGCUUCUCGUUGUCCUUGGACAGCUCCUGGCAGAGGCGGACUUGGGGGGCCAGACGCUGCGGAGCCAGGUGUGGGUCAGCGUGGUGCCAGGUGCGUCACAGGGGGGGGUCGUUCUCUCCUGAACCCUCCCCUCACAUGCACGUGCACACAUACCUGUAGGCACAUGCACAGGCUCUCACAUGCACCGCCCCACGAUCAGCCACAUGCCUCAUACAGAUGCCUACAUUAGUAACAGUGCCAUCCGCCUUGUGAGCCCAUGAGAGAGACUCUGAAGGACACAGACAAGCAGCCCGCGGCAUCCAGGACCGGCGGCCCCAGCACACACACACACACACACACACGCCAGAACCACCCCGCAGGGCAGGCCAGCUCCCAGGGUCCCUCCCUGCUGGCUCUGCCGGAGCCUCAGGCGCAGGCACGCGUGCGGUGGAGCGCUCUGUUCUGUCUUUGUCUGGGCGCUAGGGACCUGCCAUGAACUGUUCAGUUCUGUGCACCGCGUCUAGGUCUGGAGGACGCAGUGGCGUGAGAGCUCGGCGCGGUACCUGUUCGCUGGCUUGUCUGAGGACCUGCGAGUGGCGGAGACGGGAGGUCAAGGUCUCAGCGAACUCCUCAGGUGACAGUCACGCUGUGGGCCUGUCCAGGGAGACGCGCAGGGAAGCUGUUCUCUGAUGUCAUCUGUCGAGUGGGCGGUGCUCAGCUCUCUCAGGGCCUCGUCCCGGAUCUGUGACGCGCGGACGGUUCUGGCCGGGCUUGCGAGACAGGACGCGGGGGCCCUUCUCCCCGAGCUGCAGGGUGAGGGCGGGAGCAGCGUCUCCGAGAGAAACUGACUGAGGUCAGGAGGCAGCGGAUUUCCUGGUCUAACGUCUGGUCACAUCGGCCCUCCGUCACCGUGAUGGCAAAGGCAGGUCAUGGCUGUUGCUUGUUUGGUUGCUUUGGUCUGUUUGGCUCCUUAGAAGAGAGAUAACCUCCCACAUGGAAACAUCGGCCCUGGUUCUCUCAGUUUGUGCUUGAAUCUAAUGCUGGCCUUGCCAGUGCCCAGGCCCGGCUGCUGCGGGGCGUCCGGGGUGUGGCCCUGAGGGUGGCUCCGCGUGGUGCACUAAUGGGCAGAAACUGCUCCCGCGAGUGUUGAGGGCGUGCGUGUUGGACAGGAGAACGGGGAGAUGUUGGGAUCAUGCUGACGAGGAGCGCGAGGAAGCCACGUCGGGCUGCUGUGCGCCCUGAGCCGUCACGGGUCGGGCUCCACGCAGGGUGCCGAGGGCACCGCGUCUCCAUCCAGCCGAGGAGACCCGUCUCCGGCAGGGACGCGCGGACGCAGGCACAGGGAUACCUCGGGGACACCUGACCUUGGGCGCAGGGUUCUCCUGCAGCUGCAGGAAGCCCGGUUUGGCUGAAGGGUUUCCAUUUCGGGUCAGUGGGAAGAUGGGAGCAGAGCUCGGUGCCUGCCCUGUGGCAGCUGCACCCGCUGUCACCGCCACACGCAGCCCUCUUUGCACCUUUCCUUUCUCCCUCCACGGCCCCGCUCACAUCCGCUUGGCGCCAGGAGGUCUCUCAAGUUAAGCAAACCCUGAGAGCACAGUCAGCCAGCGGGUGGGGUGGACAGAGGGCCUGUGGGGGGCAGCGCCCUGGAGCUCCUGCCCCUCAGGCUCGCCCACCCGUGUGCCCAGGACUCAGCUUCCCAGGGACAGGGGAGCGCGCAGUGUCCUGGCCGUGGUGUCCCCUGGGGUUUGCCCACCUGUAACUGCUCAUCGCCCCCUUUCCCGUCCCUUGCUCCUGGGUGGGGUGGCCCCCCGCACACGCUUCUGCCCGGUGGCACCUUCGUGACAUGGUUUUAUUUGGCUGCUGGUUGCCUUUUCUCUCACUUACCCUCCCCCAUUCCCUUCUGAGUUUUAUUUUUCUGCCCAGAAAAAACCUGACUUCGAUACCAAAAAAAGAUAAAACUACAGAAACUCAAAUUUAAAGAAAACUUUUUAAAAAAAUACUCAACAAUCCUCUCAGCUUUAUUAACAUUUUCCAUUGUUUCUUGCGACUCGUGUCUUGUUCUUUGUAGUACUGAUGACGAACAUUUGAUAAUGAAUGUUCUUGUAUAUUCAGAUAAAGGGAAAAAAACCAAAAAAGCGGUCUGGAUUUAAUAGUGUUUAUAAUAAAAAUUUUAAAAAUGACCCUCACAGCACGAAAAGCAGGACGGGGUCGCCUCCGUGCCCACGCCCUCAUCGCCACGUCUGUUUUCACACGGAACGACCCGCAUUGGCCAUGCUCCCCAUUUCUCUUUUAUUUUCUUGCAUUUGUGAAUUAGUUCAAGAAUGCUAGACAAGUGUCGAGUUGUGCACACCCAUUUCCUGUUCCACGAUGUUUAAAAGUGACCGUAAUUCAUUUUGUAAACUAAAAAAAGAAAAAAAGAAAAAAAAAGUUGGGAUAGUGAGCAUCAUAGAGGUACAACCUAACACGUUACUAUGUUUCUUAACUUUGAGACCCAGAAAUGAAUUCUUUUUUCCCCCUUUAUUCCUGCUCUUGAAAAUAUAACAAAAAGAAUGAUGUUUUGUUUUGUGUUAUUUUUGGUUUGUUUAUAGGGGUGCUUUUUUUUCAUUGUCAGGAGUAUGAUCUUGCUGUUUUUUUCCUUACACAUGUACCAAGGCGAUGUGAAAAGAUGGCAGCCGGACAGAGGCUGUUUCUUGCUGCUUCGGUUUUUGUCCCAGAACUGAGCUGACGUCACAGAGAUCAGGCCCACGUGGACGCCACGCCCUGCGCCGGGAGGGAGUGCGCACCUGCAGGCGAGGCUGGUAGCCAGGGUGCCCCCCCGGCCGAGGGGACUUUCCUUGCAGAGACUCCCGGGCGGCUGGGGUGGCACUGGGAUGGGCUGGGGGUCCCGGCUUUGGACAGGGCCCCGGAUGUGAUUCUCACGCAGCCUUUCGGCCGCCGUGCAGCCUUCGGUGAGACGGGCUGGGCUCGGAUGCUUUUUUAGUUCCAGGAGAAAAGAAGGCGGUAUUAUCAGGAAGGAGCUCUCUUUUAAACUCUGUCCUUUAACAAAUGACCACGAGUCCCGAAAGCAGCCAGCACCCGGGUGAGGAAAGUGGAGAAUCAGAGCCGGCAGCGGCACUUCCUGACCGUCUCUACCCGAACCGCCGGCCGCUGGUUCUGUCACAGCCGAAUGGCCGCGCGCUUUUCACAUCGCCUUGAUGGUUCACUCCCUUGUGCGAAGCUUCCUGGAAUCUUAUUUUUUGUAACCUUUUUUUUUGCCUUUUGUUAAAAUAAAUGAAACAUUCAAUGUGUUCCCCCUUUUCUCGCUUCCUCCUUCCUUUCCCUUUGGCGCUUCCAGUUAUUUUGAAGUGUUUCCCUCGGCUGUUGGUUUAUCUCUGCUUCCUACCCUGCUCUUAUAUUCAGAGUGUAACCCUGCGAAGCUCUGCCCUGUUUGGUUUGAAAGUUGAGCUUUUCUGCUUCUGUGAGCACUGGCUUCGUUCCUUUGAUCCGACGGAAGCUCUGUGUUCUCGAUGAUGAUACUAACACGGUGUAGAUUUUACAGUCUCCUAAUUUGUACUGGUAAUGCAUAUUCCAAAUAAAUAGUUUCUUUUGUUGCAAAAAAUA